AUGGUGCGGCAGGGUGCGUAUGUUUAUGAAAGAGUGCGGCAAACUGAAAGAGUGCGAGAAAGGGUGCGGGAAUUACUGAAAGGGUAUGGCAAUCCCGAAAAGGGUGCGCCAAACUUCAACCGUCUCCGCAAAACCAAAAUUUCUCACACUCUCGAUUCACCGUCAGAGUACCGUCGUCGGAAAAUUACGGCAAUGUCGUCGGAGUCGUCUCAGUCGUCUCAGGAUAAUGGAGUUAAUGAAAUUCCUGGGGAAAGGAGGUAUAAUGACAGCCAUUAUUUUUUGGCGAAGUUAAAAGUUAGAGCUCAUGUGGAAACUGUCAAAGAAAUCCGAAAUGCCCUUACAAAUACCCAGAAAAAAUUGUUUAAAACAUGUUGCUUCGGGCAAUUUUUUAAGAUGGAGACUUUGAAGCAUAGUUCCAGUUUAUUACAUUCUGUGUUAUUUCGUCAAAUCAACAAAGGAGUGGUGGGAGAGGAAAUGUGGUUUCGGCUUAAUGGGGUGGACUGCAGAUUUGGUCCUGUUGAAUUUGCUUUAAUAACAGGAUUAAAAUUCAGUAGGGAAAUGGUUAAGAGGAAGGUUAUAGGAAAAUCCCGAUUGAAAUCUCAGUAUUUCCCAGGUAAAAAGGCAGUUAGCUAUGGUGAUUUAGCAGCAGUAUUUAAAGAAAGAGUAUGGAUUGACAAUGAUGAUGAUGCCAUUAAAAUAUCUGCUUUAUAUCUACUUCAUUUUGCAUUAUUGGGAUCCGAUAAUAGAAAAACUAUUCCAGAGAAUAUUUUAAGUAUUUUUGAUGAUUGGGAUACUUUUAAUUCAUAUCCUUGGGGCACACUUGUUUGGAAGAUGACAGUAAAAUCUUUGGGUGAUGCUUUGGUAAAACAAUACAAUGAAGUUUCCAGAUUGUAUCCAUCGAAUUCAAAUGAUAUCCCAAUAUUAACUUACGGUAUACGAGGAUGUACGUUAGCAUUUCAGGUUUGGAUAUACGAGACGCUUAAUAAUUUGAAAAGAUUUGUAGUCUGUAAAUCGGUUAAGACAAUACCUCGAAUGUUGAGAUGGAAAAGUUUAGAAGUUCCAAGCUGGGAGGAUAUGGAUCGUAUUUUAAACUCUUCUGAAGAUGUUGUCACAUCUCGUAUGAUUGCAUCCAAAGUUGAGAGGCAAUCAUGGUAUUACGAAGAUGUUAUAAAUGACAUUGAUGAUUUAGAAGAAUCUGAUACAACUCCUGAUGCACCUUCAUCCCCUCCAAACAUCCAACCUGAUGUAACAUCCCCUCCAGACAUCCUUUAUGGCGUUACAUCCCCUCCAGAUAUCCAACCUGCACCUUGGAGUACUCCUGUUCGUAGGCGACGAAGUUCAUUUAUAAGUAGUCAUGUGCCCUCGCCUCAACCGGCUGAAGAAACACAUACUUGCAAUAUUCCAAGUGCAUCUACCCGGAUGGAUGAUGAUAAAUUUGAUAGACUUCAAGAGCUUCUACAAGGGUUUAUGCAAAAAGUGGAUGAACGACUUGAAAGCAUUGAUGAGCGGCAAACACUACUUGAAGCACGUCAAAUAUCCAUAGAAGCCAAAUUGACCGAGCUUCAACAUAAGUACCAUUCAAACCCAACAAGCCCAACUGAAGUGGAUGAGCCAACAGAAGUUCUGUUUGAGUAUUUUGAUCAGUUGGAUACGGAUAUCCAACAAACAAUGGAUGGCACAAAUAAAACUCAAACAGAGAAUCGUUCCAUUACUCGGAGGACAUUACGUGGAAGGAUAAUGAAGAAGGGUAAAGCACUUCGGAGCCCAUACACUGAUCCUUUUGAACAUCGUCGUGCACGGGCAGUGAUAGGGGCAUCCUGCAGAGAGGAUAUAGUAAAUCUUAUGUGGGAAUAUUUGCAAUGGUACGGAGACCCUCCCGAACCGGGAUUGGGAAACACUUAUUUAUAUGGGCCAUGCGAUAAAAUAAAAUGGUGGAAGCUAGUAUGUGAAGAUAACCAUUGGCUCAUGGAUCAGCAUAUCGAUAGUUAUUUAGUGGUAUUACGACAUACAUUUCCAUCGGCUAAAUGGACUUGUGUCGAAACUUCUUUUGAUGGGUGGUUACCGCAUAUAAUAAAAGAACGAGAAGAUUAUAGGUUAGAUAAUUAUCGAUGGCCACGAUUAUUAUUAGAUCCGAUUGAAGGGAUAAAUGAUUCAGACUUACAUAGAGGUUAUAUCUCAUGGGCUAACGUUGAUCGGGUUUAUAUUCCGAUCAAUUAUGAAUCUCAACACUGGGCAUGCGGUGAAUUAGACUUAAAUGCUUGGACUUUGACGGUGUAUGAUUCAUCGAAAGCAUUUUUUGACUCUACAGAGAAGUUCUUAGAGGCUAUGAAACGGUAUUCUUAUCUUCCGUCUAUUAUUAAUGCGACCAACUAUUGGGAGUCACGGGGUCUUGAGCCAAAGUUAGACCCAUUGACCAUCACGAGAUGCAUAGAUGUGCCACAACAAGGCACUGCCUCCGGUGACUGCGGGAUAUUCUCAUUAUUUAUUUUAGAGUAUCUCGCCACUGGCAGGAGAUUAACUUUUAGGGCAUCGAAUGCUUCUGUAAUGCGUUGUAUGGUUGCAUCCAGAAUAUGGAGGCAUGGCGGGAAUACAAUUCUUUGAUUUUUUGUAUUAUAUAUAAACAUAUGAAUAUGAUUAAUAUGUUUUAGUCA